GUGGACUUUUGUUGUCUGCUGGAGCUGGAGACAGACAGCUGAGAGUGAAACAGCCGUGUGUGUUUGGUGCUUGAAAUUCAGACGCGCUGCACGGCGUCUCGUCCCGAAACCCAAGACGACAACCAAGAAGAGUCACUUGGAUUACUGUCAGCAGGUCCAAAGCCCGAACACAUUUGUUUUGUUUUCCAAGAAAGCUGUUCGGGCACAGGCAAAAACAUCGCAUUUUCACCUUUUAAAAGCAGCAGUCUUCUCGGAAGGGGCCGCACCUUCAGCUGAACAUCAUCCAGUGAUCAUGCAGGAUUGAGGAGACUGAAUCCUGUUGGUGAACCUGGUCUGAAGAUCUACAUGAUCUUCUGGACGUAAAGUUGCAGAGCAGACGAGAUCAAGGAAGACUGGAAGACAAGCGAAGAAGUGAACAAAGGAAGGAAGGGGUUGGUUGGACUGGCUGAAGGGGGAAACCGAAGGGCUGGAUGCAAGCCUUUAUUCAUUCUAGAAGUUCCCAGGUUCCUCAGAGAUGGCCUCCAACUUCAAUGACAUUGUCAAGCAGGGCUAUGUCCGCAUGCGGAGCAGGAAACUGGGGAUCUAUCGGCGCUGCUGGCUGGUGUUUAAGAAGUCGUCCAGUAAAGGACCUCGCAGACUGGAAAAAUACCCUGAUGAGAAGUCAGCCUACAUCAGAGCCUGUCCUAAGGUGACAGAGAUUAGUAAUGUGAAGAACAUCACAAGAUUGCCUCGUGACACAAAGCGGCAAGCUGUGGCCAUCGUCUUUACAGAUGACACCUCUCGAACCUUCACCUGUGAAUCAGAGCUGGAGGCUGAAGAGUGGUUCAAGACCUUGUCUAUCGAGUGCCUGGGGAUGCGUCUUAAUGACAUCAGUCUUGGAGAACCAGACCUCCUGGCUGCCGGAGUUCAGUGUGAACACACAGAGCGCUUUAACGUGUUCCUGUUGCCCUGCCCUAAUCUUGACAUCUACGGGGAGUGUAUGAUGCAGAUCACGCAUGAAAACAUCUACCUGUGGGACAUUCACAACCCACGCACCAAGCUAGUAACCUGGCCGCUUUGCUCGCUUAGACGCUAUGGAAGGGAUGCUACGCGCUUCACCUUCGAGGCUGGCAGGAUGUGUGACAGUGGGGAGGGCCUGUACACUUUCCAGACACGAGAAGGAGAGCAGAUCUACCAAAGGGUUCAUACUUCCACUCUAGCUAUAGCUGAGCAGCACAAGAGAGUCCUCAUGGAAAUGGAAAAAAACAGCAAGCUUUUAUCUAAGGGUUCAGAGGGGACGUCCUACCCCUGCACCCCAACAGCAAUCUUACCACGAAGUGCUUUCUGGCACCACAUCACUGGAUCACAGGCUGGAGUAGACACUGCCAACGGUGACAUCUAUGGUGAUACUCAACCAGGAGUGGACACUGACCUCUUCUCUAAACGCCUUCCUCCAGAACGACACUCAACCCUUCCUGUGGGCCACGGCUGCCCCCAACCCCCAACGCACUACCCCACGUACCCCAGCGAGUGAGUGGCUUUUAGCAGCGAUGAAACCUUCCAGUUUCCACCUCUUGACCUCCCUCCACACUGCACUCUGCCCUGAGUUUUUCCAUCAGCUCUUCUUCAGCAAGGGAAGAUCCAUGCUGCCUCAGUUCCCCCUGAGCCUGCCAGCGACCCUGAGGGCACUUUCUGUGGAAUGAGGGAAUGCACUGUGAAGCUUAAAGUGCUUCAAUUGGAGCAGGGCUCACAGACCCUUAAAACAGACAUGAGAUAUGUUGGAACUGGCUCAGUCGCCUUCCCAGUGCAAUAUGGUCACUCUUGCUGGGUGUCUGUGGAAGUAGAGACUGUACUGUAGGUUCUUCUCAAUAGUUUCUCUUACUCUAACUCGAAUCUCAUGCACGCUCUUCAACCCUAUGCAUGUCCCCCAAGGUAAACAGUUUAGCUACAGAGGGGUUUUUAGACUCCUGUAGAAGUCCCAACACAACAGGGUGUCCAACAAACCACAGCGGCCCGGAGGAAGGUCCGCCAGAGUUUCAUCUUAAACCAUUCUGCUCUUCAGUAUGAGUAAUCCAAUGCGUGCUUUGAUCAGAUUCUUUAAUCAUAAUUUGAUUGGCAUGUCUGUAAGACUUCCCAAGCCCAGAGGAACUUCGUUUGUGGAACCAGGAGCACUUUCUGAAAGUGGCAUUUCGUAUGGUUGUGUGUUUGUUUCUCCUUAAAUGGACAGUUCUGAUGUACAAAACUGUCUGUCCAGUCUCUGUGUCAUUUAAUGAAGAAAGCCAUUUGGACAGAGGUGAGGGUUAGACUCGCUCAUGUGCUUUGUGCUCUUGUUGAUCUUUUCAGAGAGGCUGAUUCACCAUUUUAUCUGGAAGGUGUCAUGAGGGUCACGGUUAUGAUUAUACCCAGCUGAGAUGGUCUAAGGAAUUAUUUAUUUAUUUAUUUAUUGAAGUUUACCAACAAAGCACAAGACAAAUUGCAGUGUAUAGUAGUACAUUUCCUUUAGCAGCUCAGCAAAUCUGUAUGUAAAAGGGUUUAUGCUAGCACAGUAAAAGAGGAGAAAAACAUCUUAAAUAAGGUGGUAGGCCUCACACGAGACAUGUUUCUGCUUUUGCUUGUCAACUAUUUCCAGUAAUUUCCAUGAAAUUAAGGAUAUCAUUAUUGCUUUUAUUUCUCAGCAGACAUUUGUAUUAUGUGGCUGCAUCAUGUGUUCAAUCUGUGUUUCUCAUGCUGUAACUCUCAAUUUAAGACUCUAUAUGUUGGAGCAGUUAGUGCACAUGUGCAUAAUGAGCUGGGUUGCUCAUUGUAGCUUGAUCAAUCUGAUCAACCAGGGGUGCGUUUCCCAAAAGCAACUAUGGUCGCAAGUUUAAUGGAACGAACCACCCCAGCAUGGUAAAGCUGGUUAACCAAGACAGUUCUGCUGGUUAAGCAUUUCCAGCGGGGCCCUAAUUGUUUUGCCAUCGCUCCCUGUACUCUCUCUACUAUCCAUAUAAAUACAAGUGUCAUAAAGGC